AUGGCGUUCGAUUGCAUUGAAAAGGCUAUAAGGUUAUGUUUUUUCAAUUAUGGAGGCUUCAUCGCCAGGCAUCCGUUUCCCUUCUUAAUUUUGCCCGUGCUUUUAGCAGGAGCACUUGGAGCUGGUAUCGUUUUCUUGACCGAGGAACAGAACGUAGAGGCGUUAUACACUCCGGAGAACGGUCAGGCCAAAACGGAUCGGGCAACGGUGGAAAAUCUAUUCGCUCAGAACGGUAAGGACGACCCGUUGGCUGGAAGUGUGACACGGUAUGGCAACGCUAUCAUUCGGAUGGAAAAUGGCGGGAACGUCCUGACCGAAAGUGCAGUUCAAGAAAUGAUAAAUCUACACGAUAUGAUCAUGAACAUUAGCGUCUUUCAAAAUGACACUGAGUACACGUUUCUUGAUCUUUGUAUCAAGAUAGAUGGUGUAUGCAACGAGAAUGCUCUGCUGGCUGUGUACGGGUAUAACUCGUCGAAUGUUCCGGUGACCACUCUCACCUACCCUCUUCACAGACCAACUGCAGACACAGUUUUCUUUCUUGGCGGAGGACUUGGAGGCGUUACCUUCAAUUCUAGCUCCUCUGAUGAGGUACUGUCGGGAGAAGCUGUCCUGCUGUCUUACCUCUUACUAUAUGAGGAGACAGCAGACGAUCUUCGGGGAGCAAUGUGGGAAAAGAUCUUCAUUGACGUCGUAUCUGCAUUCAAGCCAGCUGGGAUACAAGUAACCCGUUUCGUCUCUACGUCUCUUGAAGAUGAGCUGACAGCAGCUAGUGCCAACCUUAUCAGGGAUUUCUCGAUCACCUUUUCUGUCUUCAUAUUUUUCACCAUCUUGAGUUGUAUGAUGUUUGACUGGGUUAGGAGCAAGCCGUGCCUAGCUGCAUGUGGCGUCUUAUCAGCGUGCUUAUCGCUGGUAUCUUCGUUCGGUCUCAUGAGCUACAUCGGUGUACCUUACGCCAACAUUGUUGGCGCUGCGCCUUUCCUUAUCCUUGGUAUUGGUGUGGAUGACAUGUUCAUCAUGGUUGCUGCUUGGCGAAAAACUGACACUAGACUUUCAGUAGAAGGACGCAUGCGCGAAGCCUUCUCAGAGGCCGCUAUGUCCAUCACGAUCACGUCCGUAACUGACGCGUUGGCAUUUGGAGUUGGGACCAUUACCUACUUCCAGUCCGUACGCAUUUUCUGCUUGUAUUUGGGGUCAGCAGUGCUGGUUGACUACCUGUAUCAGCUAACAUUCUUCGGUGCGUGCAUGGUGCUGACUGGUAGGCGGGAGGCAGCUAACAGACACUGCUUGUCGUGUAAUAAGGUGCGAUCUAAGGAGGAGUCAGGGUCUAAGGCAUACACCUUAUUUUGCGCAGGUGGUGCAUCCAAGGACCGUUCUGUCAUCAGCGUCGAAGAGACCAAUGAUCAUGCCUUGAUGAUAUUCUUCAAGAAGUACUACGGGCCUUUCAUCACAAGACCGUUGAUGGCGGUGUUCACUGUCGUGCUGUACGCUGGGUACUUGGCUACCGCCAUGUAUGGAUGCACACAGCUUCAAAUGGGUCUGAGCCUACGGAAUCUUGCACGGGAUAACUCUUACGCGGCCAACUAUAAAGACGACGCCCGUGCUUACUUUACGUCCUACGGUCCACAAAUUGCAUUAAUGUUCACUGAGCCCAGAGAUAUGUGGCACCCAAGCAUUCAAGAUAUAAUGGAGACAACCUUAGUUAGUAUUGAGGACAGUGAAUAUGUCUACAACAAAACUGAGGGUCUUUCUGUAUCUUGGCUUCGUGAUUACCGAGCCUACCUUGAAUUGAUUGACCUGAGGGAUCCAACCCAAGCCCAGUUUGUAGAUACUCUACGGAAUCAUUUCCUCAAACUCCCCGCCUUUGAACGGUACUCCCCUGACAUCGUUUUCAGUGACGAUGGCCUAAGUAUCGAGAUUUCCAGAUUUUUUGUUACCACCAAAGACUUGGAUUCCACAACUAAAGAGAGCACCAUGAUGACAGAUUUGAGAACCAUAGCCGAAGGUUCUGAGCUCCCAGCCAUUGUCUACCAUCCUACCUUCAUUUUCUUCGAUCAGUUUAUCGCCAUCUUCCCGAACACGAUGCAGAACCUUGGUAUCGCCGUAGGCGCCAUGUUGAUUGUUUCUCUGCUGAUGAUCCCAAACCCAAUCUGUUCUAUCCUCGUCACUCUUUCCCUAACAUCCAUCGUGACUGGGGUGAUUGGGUUCAUGACCCACUGGGAUGUGAACCUCGAUAACAUCUCCAUGACAAACCUCAUUAUCUGCAUAGGUUUCAGUGUGGACUUCUCCGCACACAUUAGCUACGCCUACGUAUCAGGGAAUCAAGGCUCACGUCGUGAGAACGCCAUCCACGCCCUCUACUCCCUCGGUAUGCCAAUCGUGCAGGGAUCCCUCUCCACUAUUCUAGGCAUCUUAAUCCUCGCCUUCUCAGACACUUACAUCUUCCGGACAUUCUUCAAGACAAUGUUUCUAGUGAUUUCAUUAGGUACCUUGCAUGGGAUCCUCUUCAUCCCAGUCUUUCUGAUGCUCUUAAUCCCAGCAAAGAUCCGAAAAGAACCAGAAAGCGUCGAUAAAACUGGCGGCGAAGGUUAUCCAUUUAGCGUGUUGCCUGACACUAGAAAUGACGUAAUCGAAAUGCCUCAGCACACGUUCACCAAAUCUAUGUAG